GGUAGACCUCCGCCGCAUCGAAGUUGCGACUGAAUGCAGCCGCGUCAAAUUUUACUCAAUUUCACAGUUAUUUGAAAUUAAGCUCGCACGAAUAUUGUACCUUUCAUUGCUAAAAAAAAGAUAAUCGUCAAAAUGUCAACUACCACGGCGACGGCGAUGCAAAGCUCUCGCCCGCCUAUCAUCCCUAAAGAUUUCUCCGCUCAGCAACCUCAAACAAUCCGUCUAUAUCCACUCUCCAAUUACACAUUCGGUACCAAGGAAACGCAACCGGAGGAGGACCCCUCAGUCCUGGCCCGUCUAAAACGCCUUGAGGAACAUUACGAGCAGCAUGGCAUGAGACGGACUUGCGAAGGUGUUCUUGUUUGCCAUGAACAUAACCAUCCUCACGUGUUGAUGCUACAAAUCGCCAAUGCCUUUUUCAAGCUUCCGGGUGACUAUCUUCACUUCGAAGACGACGAGGUGGAGGGUUUCAAGAAGCGACUAAAUGAGCGCCUUGCGCCUGUUGGGUCGCAGUUCUCAGGAGAAGGCGUCAACGAGGACUGGGAAAUCGGCGACACACUUGCGCAAUGGUGGCGGCCGAAUUUCGAGACCUUCAUGUAUCCCUUCCUGCCUGGCCAUGUUACUCGGCCAAAGGAGUGCAAAAAGCUGUACUUCAUCCAGCUGCCUAAGAAGAAGGUCCUCUCAGUACCGAAGAACAUGAAGCUUCUUGCUGUGCCGUUGUUUGAACUGUACGACAACACCGCCCGUUAUGGGCCACAACUGUCGGCUAUCCCUCACCUGCUGUCUCGGUAUAACUUCGAAUUUGUGGAUGAGAAUGACAACGUCGUCGCCGCGACCCCGGGUACACCACUGCCUGAAGGCCAGAUCCCUAAGACAAAGGUCCUCGCAGGAGACAACGAAGGGCAGGAUGAGGGAAUGGCCGACUACACUGGAGAUACAACCGAGAAUGGAGCACAGUGAGGACUGACCUGGGCCGAGGGUGAGUACGUAUAUGCGUUGCUCAACAAUUGGGCGUUAGUCUGUUUGCGUCCCGUUGAUUACCAUUUCUUCGAAGACAUGAUGAGUUUUAUUAUUGGCCGGCGUUUUAAGGAGCGGGAUGUUCUCUGUUGUAUUUUUCCGAUAAUGAUCCAUCCUUUCUCCAAAACAUUACAAAAUAAAAUGGUAUGCAUAGAAUGCUGAGCAUUAGAUAAUGAGCGCCGCCCGAGCCUACAUGGAAUCCACAGCCCCUACAGAAAGCAUCUGCAACUAUACGGAAGGAGAAAU